UCACAUGCGGAGAGGAGCUGGGACGAGAGACAGAACAGAAGAGAGCUGUCAAGCUGUGAGGAGGCAGCGGAGAGACGACUUAGUUUUUUCUUGGAAUACAUUUUCCCCUCCAUCUCUGAAGCCCACACACACACACACACACUGAAAAAAUAUAAACACACAAACACACAGAUGGCAAAGUGAGUGUGUGAGUGCUGCUGUUUGGAGUGGUGAAUUAUUUCCAGGAUCUGGACUUACUCAAGACUGGAUCCAGCAUCUUUGUGACUUGGAACCGUGUUUUGAACAGUGCAACUCUGUUAACAAAGAGUGUGCGUCCCUGUGUGCGCAAGGGCAGGAUUGAUCACCUCACCUGAAUGCAACACAGAUUUUGACACUUUUUUGGCACUUGUGAGCUGCCAUCAUUUGCAAGAUUGGACUCACUCUUGGACUCAGUGGGCAUUUCUGUGUGAGGAGGAGGAUGUGUUGGCCGCUGACAGCGCUCCUGCUAGCCCACCUCGGGGCUGCCUUUACGGGGGCGUGGAAAGCAUCUCAACCAAGACUGCAGUUCACACACUCCGAGCUGAUCCAGAACGGCCGCCUGCUGACUCUGCCCCUGGUGGCUGGAGACCUGCAGUCCCUGCUGCCUGAUGAAGACGGGAGGCGUCUGUACGUGGCCAUGAAAGAUAACCUGUUGUCAACCAGUCUGGACGACAUAACGCAAAACCCACGCAAGCUGUACUGGCCAGCCAGCCCAGACCGUAUCCAAGAAUGUCUCAUGGCUGGAAAGGAUCCAGAGCUGGAGUGUGCUAACUUCCUGCGAGUUCUGCAGCCUUUUAAUCAGACUCACCUGUAUGUUUGUGGCACUGGAGCCUUCAACCCCCGAUGUGCUUUCAUAGCCACCAACAUCUUCCAACAGUCAGAGCACCAGACUCUCUCCUACAGCCAGACAGAGUGCGGAAAAGGGAAAUGUCCCUAUGAUCCGUUUCAGAAAACAGCCUCUGCUGUAGUUGAUGGAGAGCUAUACGCUGGGAUCACCUCUGACUUCAUGAGCCGGGACUCCGCCUUCUUCCGUAGUCUCGGCAGCCGUCAUGUCAUCCGCACUGAGCAGUACGACUCCACAUGGCUACAGGAUGCCCAGUUUGUGCGGGUAGCGCCGCUGUCUGAAACUGAUAACCCAGAAGAUGAUAAGGUCUACGUGUUCUUCACUGAGCGCGCUCAGGAGGCAGAAGGGGCUGCUGGGAAGGUGCUCUACUCCCGAGUGGCACGUGUGUGCAAGAAUGACAUCGGAGGCCAGAGGAGUUUAGUCAAUAAGUGGAGCACCUUCCAGAAGGCUCGUAUGGUGUGUUCAGUCCCAGGACCAGACGGCCUACAGACACACUUCGACCAGCUGCAAGACAUCUUUAUCCUCCAGGGGAAAGACAAGAAGAACCCUCUCAUCUACGGCCUGUUUACCACCUCCAGUGACAUCCUGAACGGUUCAGCAGUGUGCGUUUACCGAAUGGAGGAUGUGGUUCGAGCUUUCAAGGGAAACUUCCUUCAUAAGGAGGGACCUCAGUAUAAGUGGGCAGAGUUCACAGGCAAGGUGCCCUACCCACGACCAGGAACUUGUCCCAGCAGCACAUACGGAAGUUACAGCUCGACCAGAGAGUAUCCAGAUGACGUCAUCUUCUUUAGCAGGACUCACCCGCUGCUGCAGGAAAAUGUGCUGCCACUGGGAGAGCGCCCCCUCCUGGUCAGAGUGGGUGUACACUACAAAUUCAGCAAACUGCUGGUGGACAGGGUGGAGGCAGUGGAUGGCACCUACGACGUCCUGUUCAUCGGCACAGACUCUGGCCUUGUGCUGAAGGCCAUCCAUCUGCACAGAGAGCACGGUCAGAGUCAGGAAGUCACUCUGGAGCAGCUACAGGUUUUUCAGCACAAAUCACCGGUGACAGCCAUGACACUCUCAAAGAAAAAGCAGUGGUUGUUUGUUGGCUCCGCGGAGGGUGUGUCCCAGCUGGCCCUGUACCAGUGUGAGCUGUACGGUCAGGCUUGUGCUGAGUGCUGCCUGGCCAGAGACCCCUACUGUACCUGGGACGGACAUGCCUGCAGCCCCUACAUGCCCACCGUGCGCAGAAGGAACGCUCGUCACUUAGGGGAGGAUGAGGAUCCGUUAACUCAGUGUGUCAGACAGGGAGCUGGGCUGCAGGUGGAGGCGGAGCAGAGGAUGAUGGUGGUUGCUGAGGGCAACAGCACUUACCUGGAGUGUCUGCCUCGAUCCAGACAUGCUGCUGUCACCUGGUACAAGCAGGCUGGAGAGAACAGUCCUGAACUCAACCAGGUGGUCACAGGUGACCAGCUGGUGGUGAUCGAGCGGGGCGUCCUGAUUCGUCAAGCUGAGCUGUCACACGGUGGUGUCUACCACUGCCAGGUGGAAGAGCAUGGCUACCACUGGACAGCCGUCACCGUCCGCCUCACCGUCUGGAGCCCUUCAGCCAAUCGCCUCCUCGCUUCCUUGUCAGCCUCAUCUUAUCAGAACGGAGGGACCCAGCCCUGGUAUGAGGACGUGAUGGCGCUGAUUCACCCUGGAAACCUCGGCCAGCACUGCCGGGCACUGGGAUACCGACCCCCACGCAACCACCGUCGCCACGGUGACAUCAUCAUCAAGGAGAAAGAGAGGGCGGAGAGGCGGAAGCACGGGGGAGAGAGAGGAGGAGGUGGUGGAGGAGGAGGAGGAGGAGGAGGAGGAGGGGGAGGAAGAGCAGCGGGGAGGAAGAGCAGGAGCAAGCCUCAGCAGAGGGCACCGAGGAGCGCUUGAAUGUGUCACCAAACAGAAAGGCAGAUUGUCAGUGACUUAAACACACACACUCAUUAAUGUUAACAUCCACGCUAAGACACACACAUGCUCACACAGACACACACACAUGCU